GUUAAUGAUCCUCUUGACCUCUCACUGCCAACAGUUAUACUGUACGUUCCCAAAUCAAAGAUUAAAACGAUCUAGUUCCUGCUUUGCCUUCCUUCUCGGAAGGUUUUGACGUGGCCCCUUUGCCGAAGAUCAAUGCCUACAACCACGGGCUAAUCAAACAUAGACCGUUGGGAACGGCAGUAGCCUUGAUCAUUGUUGUACUAUAGCUCGGAGUUCGGCUAAGCUUCAAAGCUUCAUGACUGCAUAGCAUGCACAUUGCAACUGAAUUCCAAUUUGAUGUAUGGACAGCCCGUGAAUGACUGAAUCCUCCUAGCCCUUUUAUUUCCGACAUGGCCUUCUCCAUGCCGCAACCAUCCCAGGAUUCUGUCAUUUUUGGCGCACAUAGUGCAGCUGCAGACGCCUUUGCGCCAAUUAAUUCGCAAACGCGAAGGCGUUAUCGAGGGUAAUCGUGAAGAUGGGCCGGUAGAAAGUCGGCCUUCUCAUGCUGGAUCCUAUGAAUGAUCAAGGCGCACUAGAAGAUUGACGAAUCAGCAGAUACAGAUAUAUGUAUUUCUGAUGAUUCCGCAGAACUGUCAGAAAGUGAAUUUUCUGGCUGGCUCCUAUCAUAUACGCAACCGCUCGUAGCGUCGGGACCUCCCCAUGGCAAGUAUAUAAGAGUACCCACUCCCCAUAUCAGCUGUGUUGGUUUGAGCCCAAGUUGAACCCCCGCCAGAUAUCCUUACCAGUUCAUUCCACAUACCCCGGAAAGUCAUCACCUAAAGGAUGAGUAUGGCGAAUCGAGACGGCUCUUUCGGGAUAAUGCCAUAUAGUAGAAACCAACCCCAGACACAACACAGGACCCGCCAUCGUAUCUAUCCCAGUCACACGCACGGACACCAAGAUGAAGAGCACCGAGGCAUUCUAUCCAACAUAAUCUAUACCUCUCCUUCUAGCUCACAAUCGUCCUCGGACAUGUCGGAAGCCCCUCGUGGUCAUGGAGCCCAGAUAACAGUUUUACCUGCUGGAUUCGUCCCUCAGCAGUAUUCUACAAUUGCUCAACCUCCUCCGUCGCCUGAUAAUUCAGGAUCAAGCGGUUCUGAAAGUGCGUCACCCGGUAAAGAGGAUGAAUGGGACCGGGUAGCGAAUAUGUUACAGAUGCAUGACCGUGCCAAGGCCAAGAAGGUGAACGGCGACAUAGAUUCGCUACUUAUUCUUACUGGUCUCUUUUCUGCGGUUGUUGCCGCUUUUGUGAUUGAUUCAUACAAAAGUUUGCAACCGGAUCCAGCAUCGCUUUCUGCGAAUCUCCUCGCACAGAUAGUACUUCAUCUGAAUGGUACUGAAGCCGUACAAGCGGCCGGAUGGUCUACCUCGAGCACAAGUACACAACCUUCGACCAACGAUAUUGUGGUCAACGUUCUGUGGUUUACCAGCUUAUCAUGCGCUCUUGUGACAGCAUCGCUGGGAAUAUUCAUCAAACAAUGGGUCCGCGACUACCUCGACUGGGACUGUUCCUCUUCUCAAGAGCGUAUUCGUGUUCGGCAUUUCCGUUAUGAGGGUCUGCUUCAGUGGAGGAUCUUUGGGAUUUGUGCAUUUCUUCCUGUCCUCCUCCAGCUUGCCAUCCUACUUUUCCUCGUCGGACUUGCUCUAUUCCUCCACCCUCUCAAUGCCGUUGUCGCCUGGGCAGUUUCAGUUGGGUUGAUCAUAUGGGUGAUCGUCCUGAUCGUCUUUGGGGUGGCACCAUUCCUAUCCGCAAAUUGCCCUUAUCGGAACUCUAUCUUCCAGUCAGCUGCGCAGGUCUUUAGACUGACGUUGGUGCGAGCAUGGUACGGAGCGGGUUGGCGGACGAAGCUAAAGUAUUCGAACAAGUACUACCGCUUUCCGGGAGACGAGCGAGGCAUACGACGAGAACCUGCACUGGGCGUCGAAGCCGUCAUUGGUGCAGACGCCUCACUGAAGGACGAUCUGAUUCUAGAGCAAACACUUGCGAAGUGUGCGAAGUCCUUUGGCGUGCAGGCAUCCCUCAAAUUCACUCGCCGAAUGUUGUCCCAUCGGCUUGAUCGCGAGGUGCAGUCCCUCGUCGAGCUUGAUCCCGAAGAUUAUAGUCAUAUGCCAACACAGGUUCUGGACGUGCUUUUCAACCUUUUAUGUGAUGUCCUCUACUACUGCGCCAAUUCCUGCGAAGGAAUGAACCUAAGCAGGGCGAAAGGUCGACAUGAUGCAGUAAUAGAGAUGGCUACGUGCUUCCACGCCAUCGCUGACUACGAAAAUAAGAAUUCACGAGGAAUCCCAUCGAUAUUCAGGGUCAAUGAACUUCUCACCUGGGAUCCUCUGCACUCCCUGUUUCUCGAUCCCCCGAGGUUUAAAGUAUCGACCACUGGCGGCGCAGAGGUUUUCAUGAAACUCCUACUUCUUCGAUCAGCAGAGCCAUUCCGCGCGAGCAGACAUAGUUCGGAACAUUCGCUGAAGAACCUCAUCAGAGCAGCCCGGUCUCUUGUGGACGGCCCCCAAGAUCAUGAUUUCCAUCCGUUCUCGAUAACACGUGCGGUGUUCGAGUAUAUGGAGCCUGUGUCUAACUCAGUAUUGCAAGCCUGUUUUUCUGAGCUUUCAACAUUGGUUCACUCUCUUUCGCGCUGGCUCCAAGCGAUCACCGCGUUGACGGUGGAUCAAGUACAUUUAGUCGACGACACUCGACGCGCGUUGGCUGCAGCCGAGAAGUUGAAUGAACACUUCCGAGGCCCUGGUCCAAGCAUUAUCAGUGCGGAGAUGAUGAAUAUUUUGAGCAGAAACUAUACUCCUGUGGACGAAGCCGUCAAAGAGUCAAACGCAAAGGCAGCAAUCAGUCCACCGUUCAAGGAGCGAAUUAGGGGCCUAUCCACUUCCCGCUGGGUCUAGUCAUUUCCUCAGGCACUCGAGGUGUCUCUGGUAUCGAGGCUGUUCGUUGCCUUCUCCGAAUGGACAACAGGUGUUUCUCUGGAAACUUUACUUCAGUUUCUCAUCACCUUCGGAUUCGCGCACUUGGUAAUGGAUCAUGGCGGGUCGGUGUCGAUUGCGGAGAGUAUACUGCAGCGUGUUUCAGGAAUUUCUGCAACUUUUCUGCUUUAGGCAGCAAUUUAAUGAUAAGACUUAGAUAGUAUCACUGCGUCUGGUUUCGAGACCUCAGUACGAUUACGACGACGAUCACGAAAGGAUUUUAGUCCCGGAGCGAUCAUAUGUGAUCGUACAUACAGUACUUGCCGGAUCAAACUUGCAUACUGAUGACCUGCCACUAGUUGCAUGACAGCGGGACGCUCAAAUAUCAAUAUGAGGAUGCGUCACGUCGACCUCUCAAAAGUCGCAGAAUUCGGUGCCAGAUUUCGUUAUGACAACCAUGGAGAAACAGGUUGACCCAAAUACCCACGUUGAGAGUGAACCAGGUCGGCAAG